AUGUCAACAUAUUGGGCCAUUCUCGAGCGAGCACCAGGAUCAAAGCUUCGACUCACAAAGUUGGAUGAUGAGAUAUAUGAGAGCUUCAAGACCGAGUUUCCUGACUUCGACCCUGCCGCGACAAUUGAUGAGGAUGAAAUGAAGAGCAAGGCUGGCAAGGAAAAAUGGCGAAACUGGAUGAAGCAGUAUGAAGAGAAAGUUGCUGAUUACAACUUUGGUACUCUCUUGAGAGCAAACCCGAAAUUUGAGUACGGAGAAAAAGAGACUAUUUUCGUUGUCCGUAUGCAGUUUUAUGCCAUUGAGAUCGCAAGGUUUGUCAUUUCCCAAGAACAUGAAGUGAUGGCAGAAACCAACUUAAUUUUGUGA